AUGGUUCUGGCGAAGAACAAAUCCCGUACUCGCGAGCAGCGCUCUCCACCUGCCGCGAAGGAUGCCCUCUUAAGCCUGAAGCUUGAGCCGGUCAUGGAACAUCGUCAAACCCUAUUGCUCUCUUUGCGACGCGCUCUUGCUCCAUCGGGUAAUUGCAACUGGAGUGAUGUGCGGCAACAGUACAAAAAAGCCUCCGGACGUGCUCUCACCACCGAAGAGCUCAAUUGGAUGGUAAAUGCAAAUGGAAAAUCGCGAAUGGAGCUCUUCCAACUUGAAUAUCGUCACCUUGUCAUCCCACUAGACAGUCAUGGAAAUGUUGUACGCCCGGUCUUCAAACGCCAAACUGAGUUUGUUGGAGGCGGCUUGUUUACGAAGAAAGAUGAUGAGGUCGAUUCGGCGUCGGAGGUUUCGCCAAUUCCCUCAAGCGAUGCCGGAUCCACCGACGAUGUAAAUCGUCAUAUUGACCGCGAGGGAGCUGACUCGGCAGAUUCGGCGUUGCAUUCCGGAAAUGAGGAAACGGUUUCGCUGGACAAGGACAUUUCUGCAAGUGAUGAUCAGUCGGAGUCCUCGAAGAUCAAGGAAGCGGUAGUAGAGGAAAAAGAGGCCACAAUCCAGGUCGACGUCGAGCUCGUCUCCAGCGAUGCAACCAAUCUAGGAUGCGCUGAAUCCAUGGCCGAGAAGUCUCAGGCUGUUGAGGAAUUGCGGGCUCGUACCCCAACUGUGGUCGACAUCUCCACUACCGACACUUUCCUACGGGAAGCUCAAGGCGCCACAGCGGAUCAUACCGUUUUCACCAAGCAGCCGAGCUACGCACUCGAAAUUGACGCGACGGAAAUCUGUGAUAUUGGAAGUAGCUCAUUGGAAGAUCUCUCUGCUGAAGCGGCGAUGGUGCGCCUCUCCGAUAACUUUUACAACAUGGCCCCUGAAGAGAGUAAGGAAUCACACGACGAUCUGGAUCAGGAGCUCCCUAUUGUCCACGCGGUGCCAGCUGUAGUCGUCGAAGAGCUAACCGCUGACUCGCUGCCGUUUAUUCAAGGGAAUCCUGUUGAAAUCAUCACUGUUCCAAAUCCACAUUGCACGUUAGAGGAAGUGAAAAAGACGUGCAAGGACUUCCGUGCCGAACUGGAGGAGCUGAAAAAUGAACAGAAUGAAAACCGUCGUGACCUGGCCGAGGUCCAGAAGAUCGUUUUGAAGGCGAAACAUGCAACGGAGAAGCCGCGACCAACAAACCGAUAUGAGGAUCCGAACAAUAGUGACUUCACGGUAUCUGAUGGGGAAACCGAUCACUUGCCCAUGCUUUACGCACGCAAGGUGCCAAAGAUUGUGGUGGAGCCGUGCAACAAUGAACUUUCGGAUGAGGAUGACAGUGAUGGGUUGGAAGUACUCUCGCCGACUCCCGAGUUACCCGAGCUUCCUAUCGAGUUGGACGCUGGUGCUCAGCUGCCGGACGUAUUAGAUGGGUCACGCCGCGCUCAAAAGCAGCCAAGG